AUGGCAAGUCCCGAUAAUGAUCCGAUGUGUCGGACGUUUGAGACGAUCUUCGCAACUCUGAACGCCCGAGAUCAACUGGUGCUCGGCACGAACGUGAACAGGGCCAGAGAGGCCGCUUUCAAGGAAAACGAGGAGCAAAUGCAGAUCUUGAGGCUUCUCAAAGAUGAUCGCAAAACGCUCAACGAAAUCAGUGGCAAUGCCGGUCAAGUGGAAGCGUACGACGGGCUACAGGGUGUCUUCGUGACCAUGAAUCUUAUCGACGAGACUCAUUUAUGUCAUUAUGAGGGUUUAAGACUAAUUAUAAGCGAAAAUCUGACGGAUAGCCGCUUCCUUCGUCCCCUACCCGCCGGAGAAAUGACCGCUCCGGUCGCCUCUCCAGCCACGAAGCUCAGCAUCGAGCAAGAAAUCUUCACCGAGCAAGAGCGGACGCUCUUGCAGCAGCAGAAUUGUGUACGGAAUGCGAAACCGUGUCCCCGCUUGGACCUGAAUCGGACCGAUGAGUAUCUCGUAGACUUGCCCGGUUUCGAAUACCUCCUCAACGCACCGACCUGUGAUUCGAAAGAGAGUCUUGUGGUUCUUAUACAUUCUGCCUGCCAUCACUUCAAUGAGCGGAAAGCCAUCCGCUUCUCCUGGGGUAACGGAUCGCCCCGCCUGAGGGGUUUCACCAUCAGAUUGAUAUUCCUAUUAGCAAUGGCUAGCGACGGCGAAGUCCAGGAGCGGAUUCUGAGGGAGCACGAAAAACACAACGACAUCGUGCAAGGAAAUUUCGUGGACGCCUACCGUAAUCUCACUUAUAAACACGUCAUGGGUCUCAAAUGGGUUUGGGAGCAUUGCUCUCGAGCUCCUCGGGUCAUGAAAAUGGAUGAUGACAUAUUUGUGCACUUAUUCAAUUUCCACCGAUUGCUACGGAAUACGGCAGAGAGCACAAACUCGCUCAUCUGCUACGUGCAACAGCAGAUGCCAGUCACCAGAGACAAGGGCAGUAAAUGGAUGGUCAAAACGCCAGAAUAUCCUCUGAUAUACUACGAGGAUUACUGCUCGGGUUGGGCUUAUCUGAUGACUCCGGACAUCGCCCGCCGACUAUAUCUGGAGUCGAAGUACCGGCCGUUUUUCUGGGUCGACGACGUGCAUGUCACCGGAACCUUAGCGAAGAUGGCAGGUGUCCAGCGGACACGGAUCAAUGAGAAGUUCACAACGGAGGCUGAAUCGACAACUACGUGGAGCAACAGCGACGCUCAAAAGGAGUGGAAAUACGUUUUCGGACCAACCUGGGGGGAUCCACAACUCACGUACAAAGCUCAUCAAAAAGCGGUAGAGUGUCAGAAGAGAAAAUGCUCCUGUUGUUUCGAUCUUUUCACCCUGCAGAUUGAAGAAACGAAAGAAACGCUCAACUCACCCCGCAAAGGGAAAGCCAAAGUCAUAAGCUUGAAUUAAUGUCGCGAGUGAUUGAGGGUGCGCUGGCGAGGAGGUGAUCUCCUCAGACUGACGAGACGGUGUUCAAGGCCUCUCCGUGAAAGAGCUAAGAUCCUUGUUCUCUGAUGCCCGUAUCGUCUGAAUUUCCGCAUAGAAAUAAAAGGCUCGACAAAGAACCUCA